AUGGAGGAGGCGACAAUCACUCUCGCCGCCCUUUCCACCUCGCUCCUUCUCUUGUUUCUCGCGUCCCUCGAGACCAUCCGCGCAGCCGAAGCUCCUCAAGUCCCAGCAUUCUUCGUCUUUGGCGAUUCCCUGGUCGACUCUGGCAAUAACAAGUUCCUCCAGUCGCUCUCCCAGGCCAAUCACUCCCACAACGGCAUCGACUUCCAGGGCAGCGUUGCAACCGGACGCUUCUGCAAUGGCCUCACCGUGACCGACGUUGUUGCCCAGGAGCUUGGACUUCCAUUGGCACCGCCGUAUCUGGAUCCAAGCACCAACGGGACUGCCAUCCUCAAAGGUGUCAACUACGCGUCCGGCGGAGCUGGUGUUCUCGACGAGACCGGCCUCUACUUCCUGCAGAGGCUGCCCCUUGGAAAGCAGAUUGAGUACUACGGCAACACCCGGUCCCAGAUCAUCGGCUUGCUCGGACAAAAGGCGGCGUCCCAGAUGCUCUCCAAGUCUAUUUUCUGCUUUGUCAUCGGCUCCAAUGACUACCUCAACAAUUACGUUGCGCCUGUCACUGCCACGCCUCUUAUGUACACCCCCCAGCAGUUCCAAGUCCGCCUAGUCUCCACGUACAAAAAGCUCCUGACUGAUGCGUACAAGCUGGACGCCCGCAAGUUCAUCAUCGCAGGAGCGGGUCCAAUAGGCUGCAUUCCAUAUCAGCUCACGGUCAACUUCCAAAGAAACAGUACCUGUGCUCCCCAACCCAACGAACUGGUUCUUAACUUCAACAAGGCGCUGAGGCAGACUGUUUUCGAUCUCAACAGGCAGUUUCCGGAUGCCAAGUUCGUCUAUGUCAACACUUAUGACACCGUCACCACCGUCAUAAAAAACCCGGGGAAAUACGGAUUUGCAAACAGCGACACGGCCUGCUGUGGCACUGGUGGCCCGUACAGAGGUCUGAUCUCAUGCAUCCCUUCCGUCUCGGUUUGCUCCAACAGGACGGAACAUUUUUUCUGGGAUCCAUACCAUACUUCGGAGGCCGCAAAUUACGUGCUUGGAAAAGGAAUCCUGGAAGGGGAUCAGUCUGUAGUUGAGCCCAUAAACGUUCGGCAGCUAGCUCGUUUGUAACUGAGCUCUGCUGGAAACUCCUCUUGCAUUUU